AUACUAUUGUUGUGUAAUAAUUAUUUGAUUUAUUAUACAAACAAUAAACAAGCAAAAUGUAGAAUAUCCAUAGACAAGCCUAACCAAGGUUGCACAAUCGCGAACAGCGAGCACCGAACGACGCUUUGACAGCGAACAUGGACUGUCUCACGCGAAAACAUAAAUAAAUGGCCACCGUUGUUAUUAGACUCCUUAUAACCACAAGAUUUCAUGUUUCUAAAAUGGACGCCGAUAACGAGGAUCGGCAGAGGGACCUAAUAUCUCGGCGGGAGAAACGGUGGAGCAUGAAUUCCCAGAGGCUCGAGCAGAUCGUGGCGGAGCUGAUGCGCCCCAUUGGCGACCUCCGCCGCAGCUUCGACACGGACCUAUGCGCGUUGUUGGAAGAAUACCUGACCGAGGCAGGUCUUCACGCGCUCGAAGAGGAAAUCCCCGGCUCACAAGUAGUGGCACCCAACUUUGCCGAGCUAGCACUACUCGUGCAACAGAGCGCCAACAUUUACGGACGGAAGGUGGACUUGUUGUACCAACAUGUGCUGGAGUGCAGCGAGUCAUUACACACAAACACUGAAACCCACGACACAUCGCUCGCCGAGGCCGAAGCGGAGUCCCCCUCAGCCGCGACCCCGAACCGUCGCAAGCGGCACGCCUCCGUCGCCGGCUGGGCGCGCAUCAACCUCGAGGCCUGCGAGCAAGCCCGGCGAGAGGCCGACUUGAAGGCCCCACCGACGUUACCAAGGAUGUAUAUCGAGUUAGAGCCGAGAGUUUUGGCGCCAUGUGAUGUACCGCUUUUGGAUUAUGCUGGAGAACCUGUGGGGUUGCUACAAGAUUUUAAUGUCACAUGGAGAUUACAUGGUGGUCUACUAGUAGACGAGCUAGAAUGCGGCGAAGAGGACACGGCCUCCCUAGCCCUCCGAGCCAUCCCCCUGUCGGAGCUGCAGGCCGCCAUCGCGGCCGCCGCGCCGCCCUCCCCGCCGCCGCCGCCCGCCUCGCCCGAGCCCGGCCACCACCCGCCCUGCAGCACGCCUAUACCCACAGGUAGCUGCCACGUGUUACACGAGCUAGAGGACACGGCCUCCCUGCCCUCCGAGCCAUCCCCCUGUCGGAGCUGCAGGCCGCCAUGGCGGCCGCCGCGCCGCCCUCCCCGCCGCCGCCGCCCGCCUCGCCCGAGCCCGGCCACCACCCGCCCUGCAGCACGCCUAUACCCACAGGUAGCUGCCACGUGUUACACGACCAUCCCCCUGUCGGAGCUGCAGGCCGCCAUCGCGGCCGCCGCGCCGCCCUCCCCGCCGCCGCCGCCCGCCUCGCCCGAGCCCGGCCACCACCCGCCCUGCAGCACGCCUAUACCCACAGCCAUCCCCCUGUCGGAGCUGCAGGCCGCCAUGGCGGCCGCCGCGCCGCCCUCCCCGCCGCCGCCGCCCGCCUCGCCCGAGCCCGGCCACCACCCGCCCUGCAGCACGCCUAUACCCACAGGUAGCUGCCACGUGUUACACGAGCUAGAGGACACGGCCUCCCUAGCCCUCCGAGCCAUCCCCCUGUCGGAGCUGCAGGCCGCCAUCGCGGCCGCCGCGCCGCCCUCCCCGCCGCCGCCGCCCGCCUCGCCCGAGCCCGGCCACCACCCGCCCUGCAGCACGCCUAUACCCACAGCCAUCCCCCUGUCGGAGCUGCAGGCCGCCAUGGCGGCCGCCGCGCCGCCCUCCCCGCCGCCGCCGCCCGCCUCGCCCGAGCCCGGCCACCACCCGCCCUGCAGCACGCCUAUACCCACAGGUAGCUGCCACGUGUUACACGAGCUAGAGGACACGGCCUCCCUAGCCCUCCGAGCCAUCCCCCUGUCGGAGCUGCAGGCCGCCAUCGCGGCCGCCGCGCCGCCCUCCCCGCCGCCGCCGCCCGCCUCGCCCGAGCCCGGCCACCACCCGCCCUGCAGCACGCCUAUACCCACAGCCAUCCCCCUGUCGGAGCUGCAGGCCGCCAUCGCGGCCGCCGCGCCGCCCUCCCCGCCGCCGCCGCCCGCCUCGCCCGAGCCCGGCCACCACCCGCCCUGCAGCACGCCUAUACCCACAGCCAUCCCCCUGUCGGAGCUGCAGGCCGCCAUCGCGGCCGCCGCGCCGCCCUCCCCGCCGCCGCCGCCCGCCUCGCCCGAGCCCGGCCACCACCCGCCCUGCAGCACGCCUAUACCCACAGCCAUCCCCCUGUCGGAGCUGCAGGCCGCCAUGGCGGCCGCCGCGCCGCCCUCCCCGCCGCCGCCGCCCGCCUCGCCCGAGCCCGGCCACCACCCGCCCUGCAGCACGCCUAUACCCACAGGUAGCUGCCACGUGUUACACGAGCUAGAGGACACGGCCUCCCUAGCCCUCCGAGCCAUCCCCCUGUCGGAGCUGCAGGCCGCCAUCGCGGCCGCCGCGCCGCCCUCCCCGCCGCCGCCGCCCGCCUCGCCCGAGCCCGGCCACCACCCGCCCUGCAGCACGCCUAUACCCACAGCCAUCCCCCUGUCGGAGCUGCAGGCCGCCAUCGCGGCCGCCGCGCCGCCCUCCCCGCCGCCGCCGCCCGCCUCGCCCGAGCCCGGCCACCACCCGCCCUGCAGCACGCCUAUACCCACAGCCAUCCCCCUGUCGGAGCUGCAGGCCGCCAUCGCGGCCGCCGCGCCGCCCUCCCCGCCGCCGCCGCCCGCCUCGCCCGAGCCCGGCCACCACCCGCCCUGCAGCACGCCUAUACCCACAGCCAUCCCCCUGUCGGAGCUGCAGGCCGCCAUCGCGGCCGCCGCGCCGCCCUCCCCGCCGCCGCCGCCCGCCUCGCCCGAGCCCGGCCACCACCCGCCCUGCAGCACGCCUAUACCCACAGCCAUCCCCCUGUCGGAGCUGCAGGCCGCCAUCGCGGCCGCCGCGCCGCCCUCCCCGCCGCCGCCGCCCGCCUCGCCCGAGCCCGGCCACCACCCGCCCUGCAGCACGCCUAUACCCACAGCCAUCCCCCUGUCGGAGCUGCAGGCCGCCAUCGCGGCCGCCGCGCCGCCCUCCCCGCCGCCGCCGCCCGCCUCGCCCGAGCCCGGCCACCACCCGCCCUGCAGCACGCCUAUACCCACAGCCAUCCCCCUGUCGGAGCUGCAGGCCGCCAUCGCGGCCGCCGCGCCGCCCUCCCCGCCGCCGCCGCCCGCCUCGCCCGAGCCCGGCCACCACCCGCCCUGCAGCACGCCUAUACCCACAGCCAUCCCCCUGUCGGAGCUGCAGGCCGCCAUCGCGGCCGCCGCGCCGCCCUCCCCGCCGCCGCCGCCCGCCUCGCCCGAGCCCGGCCACCACCCGCCCUGCAGCACGCCUAUACCCACAGGUAGCUGCCACGUGUUACACGAGCUAGAGGACACGCUGCCACGUGUUACACGAGCUAGAGGACACGGCCUCCCUGCCCUCCGAGCCAUCCCCCUGUCGGAGCUGCAGGCCGCCAUCGCGGCCGCCGCGCCGCCCUCCCCGCCGCCGCCGCCCGCCUCGCCCGAGCCCGGCCACCACCCGCCCUGCAGCACGCCUAUACCCACAGAAGAGCCGGUGGCGGCGGCACCCACGGAGCCCCCAGCGGAGACAGCAGAGACAAAGAUAGAACCAGCGACGCCGGCUAAGCAACGCAAACGGAAGCAAGAAGUCCCCACGCUUUUGCAGACAGGCGCUGGCAAGAUCUUCCUUACACCAGAACUACGAGAAUUCCUGAAAGAGCAGCGAGAAUUCUCGCUCCCCGGCGAGAUGGUGUCCCGCGUCGUGGCCGUGCGCGCCGCGCGCAUCCUGGCCGCGCGCGCGCAGCGCAACGAGCAGGAACUCACGGAAUUCCGUGGAUUCGACGAAGUGGACAAGUCCGACUUGAUGGACAUUGGAGGUUUCCUCGGCUUCACGGCGACGACGGAAUCAGAAGCGACAGACAUCUCCCUCUGCCUGUCCCGGCUGGCCUCAGCGGCCGAGUCGGACGACGACGGCUUCUUCGAGCAGAGCACGUUCUCCGGCUCGGAGGGCGCGCGGCCCGAGCUCACGCCGCCGCCGCCCACGCCGCCGCUGCCUGCGCCGCCGCCGCCGGUGGACUACUCCGCGCAGCCCGAGUGGAUGUCGUGGCGCGCCGACGUGGUGGCGCGGGCCUCCGCCGGCGAGGCGCGCGGCCUGGACGUGCGCGCGCUGGGCGCCGCCGUGCUGCGUGCGCUGCCCGGGGGGGACACGGAAAACAGGGAGAAGGGCCCGCCGGCGGCUUUCACUACAGUCUUAGACGCCGCGGCGAAGGAUGAUGCCGACGUGUCGAGGCUUUUCUUGGCUACAUUAUUUUUGGCAAACGCUGGCAACGUAGAGGUCGUACAACCACCGCCGUUAACUCUAAACUCGUUCUCGCUGCGGCUGGUGUCGCGGGACGAGCGCCUCUACAGCGCCGCCGCCGACUCCGAUCCCGCCUUCCUCACGCGGUAGACGCCGACGCCGACAAACAUAUCGGGAACGCCGACUUAGAUACCAGUGACUUAGUGAGGUGUUGUGAACGGAAAAUGUUGCUGUAUGUUAGAACGAGAGAUAUACGGAGUAUAUGUUUUGCUAUCCCAUUCUAACAUAUAGCUUAAUAAACUUAAAUGGACACAAUGUGAGAAUAUAGACAUAAUAGUGUGAGCAAAAAAUGGGGUAAGAAAAUUACCCAAUUAUUCACGGGACUUUUUUUAUAUUAGUGAAGGUGCUCAAACCGAAGUGAGCUCACAGUAUUAAAACGGCAUGGACAAUAAUUAUGUGGCCGUUUCCAUAUCAACGCCCGAGCUCCCUAUUGGACGAGGCAAUCAUUUUGUGUGCGUUUUGUUUAUUUUAAUCCCGCUUACCUCGUUUUUAUAUAUUUAUUUAGAAUUAUGGUUCAUUUAUGAGUGAUCAUCGAUUUGUAAAUAUAUUGUAUAUACAGAGUAUAUUUGUACAUAUAGAUUUCUAUGAGAAGAUGAUAUUUUCGAAGUACAAUAGUUGUAAACCGGGACGGCGUUCCGAUAAUACGGCCCGGCGCCGCGCGGCGGCUCUUGCUGUCGAUCUCUUUAAAUACUAGCUUUGAAUUUCAAUUUGGAAAUCGUACACUCGAAUUCGUCACUUAACAGAAACUAUUCAUCGUUUGAGCGAGGCCGUAAUUUUACGCCACUUUUUUUUUCAAGAGAGUACAGAUUCGUAAAACUAGUUUGAGAGCAUAAAGCCGAAACCUUGGUACAGCCGUCAUCAAAUAUAUCGGCCGAGGUGAUAAAAAUAUCUGAACAAGCACCUAACGCCUUGACAAAGAGGCGUGUUCAGAUAUUUGUGAGCACCUUGGCCGCUCCGAUAUGUCUGAUGGCGACUGUACAAACCGAGGUGUGUUGUGAAUUUGACGAGCGUAUGCUGUCAGAUUAUCCGAUUGAACAGGAUGAGGGGCGUUCAUAGCUAUGAUUGAAUGUAAUAUUUAUUCGUUGUUUGCAGAACUCCGCUCUUUUAAUGUUAUUUAUAAAUUUAGAGUGCAAUAAAAUCUGUACUCUACUGUUAAUAGUAGGCGUUUUGGACAAAAUAUUUGACAUUGUUUGACAUGAUGCCAACGGCCAGUUUCUAUCACCGCACCGGUCGCCGUCGGCAGGGUGUUCAUCCUCACACCUUAGAACCUAAAUGGUCGCAUACUGUGCGGUUCAAGAGGGAUUUCCUCCCGCGGACGCUCCGGCUGUGCAAUGAGCUCCCUUCCGAGGUUUUUCCGAAGGUCUACAGGAUGGGGUUCUUCAAACAAGGAGUGUACAAGUUUUUAAAGGGUCGGCAACGCGCAUGUGACACCUCUGGAGUUGCAGGCGUCCAUAGGCUGCGGUGACUGCUUACCAUCAGACGGGCCGUAUGCUUGUUUGCCACCGUCGUGGUAUUAAAAAAAAUGUGACCAUUUACACGCCGCCGGCGUUAAAGUAUCAAAAGGUUAAAUAUAUAAGAGGCUAAAGAUUUCAGGAUUGUAACCGAGGUCGAGUGUGCUUCAAAAACCGUCCUAUGUAAAUAGAAUCUAUGGUAAUAUAUGAAGACAAUCAUGUCACACAGUAAACGUUAGGUGUAAGUAUAAGUGUUAGUAAAGUGAGACCGCCGCGCCGCCUCCAAAUUCUGUGCCUUACUCCACCCGGGGUCGAGCUGUGGACCCUGCAUACUGGUAUUUGAAAAGCAUCUAGUAAUGUAGUGUAGGUAAUGGUGGCUUACCAAUCUUACCAUCAAACUGUUUAUUCUUGUCUUGGAGAGGGCUAUGUUUCAGUUUCAUGGUACAGUCAGCAAGAUAAUGACCAGAGUAGCCAAAUAUAUCUUAACACAUUCUUUUGACGACCAUUCUGGCCUAUUGUGUAGUGACCCUGCCUAUGUAGCCGAUGAUUCUGGGUUCGAGUCCCGGUAAGGGCAUUUAUUUGUGUAAUGAACACAGAUAUUUUUCCUGAGGGGUGUUUUCUUUGUAUAUAAGUAUGUGUGUCGUCGCUCAGUACCCAUAGUACAAGCUUUGAUUAGUUUAGGGCUAGUUUGAUCUGUUUAGGAUGUCGCCUAAUAUUUAUUUAUUUAUUUCUAUAAUAACAAAAGUGUGUUGGGAUAUAUUUGACCACUUUGGCCGUCCCUGAUGCUGACUUUAUGUUUAAGUUUACAUUUCACAGCCAGAAAAUGGCAAUUUGUAUUAUAGAAGAACAUUUGAGUCUAUUAUUUAUGACAGUGCAACUUUUAUCAAAAAUAUGCAAGCUCUUUUAAAGUUGUACGAUAUGUGUAUUUCAUUUAGAAAUAUUAAUAAGUUAAUUAAAUAUUUCAUUACACUUAAGGCAACGAUAAGAUUAGGUUUUAUUUUAAUUGAUUUUUUCUUAGUGAUUAUGUCUAAAGUUAUAUAUACACCCCACUACAUUAUUAGGUGCUUAUUUUACCUAAAUGCAUGCAAUGUAUUCGAUGUUACUUGACAUUUAAUUUAAAAUGAUCUUUAAAAACCAAAGCCAAAUGACAUAUAUUUUAAUAAGUAAAAGAAGAUUAUAUUUUUAUCAUAACAACAAAAAUUUGCAUGCAUAUAUGUAGUUUCAAUUCUCUGUACCAUCGUAACCAAUCAUGUAGCAUUGUAUGUUACAAGAUAUAAGCAAUUGUAAUAGCCUCCUAAUGCCCAGAAGUUUAAAUAAGUACUGUGUUUUCUUAUAUACUUAAUUUUAUAUUUAAUUUAUCAUUAUUUUUGGACACUAUUGAAACUAAAUCAAGAUGGAAUUUUACGUGAAAUAAUGUUCAAAUUGUUCAUUAUGUUGCCUAAAUAUUUUUAUACACCGUGUUUUUUUUUAUUUCCGUUAAUUUGAAGGGUGCAGCCCUGAGCUUAAAUUAAGUAACUUUCACAAAGACCGGUAUUCUAAAUAACUACAUUUCGGAGAUAAUCAAUAUUUAAUAUUUAUCUUAUAAGGCCCCUACGAGCGUGUACACUUGCCUUAGGGCCUGUUUACAUAUUGAUUAGUGUUAAGUAUGAGUUAAUACAUUUGAUACUAAACGUAAAUACUAUCUCGGACGAUUGAUGUUCGAAAUGACAUUGAUAUGUCACAGUUUUCCAUUGUUUGAAUGAGUUAAAUGUAAUGCCCGUGUUACAACAUCGCUAUAUGCAACAUUUAAUUAAUUAGUAUACAAAAAAUAAAUAAAAUAAAAAAACUUUUUUUAAAUUAACUAUGCCAUUUAGUUUCUCUUAACGUACUUGCCGAUACCCCGAAGUUUAACGGAAUUCAAUAAGAACACGAUGUAUAGGUUAGGCUAUGGAAGUGAUAAAAAUAUUUAUUUUCUUGAAAAACAAGCACAGAACAUUGAUUUCUAAUCAAUUCUAUUUUAUGAACUAAAAGCAUUUUUGGGCGAAAUUACGCUAUUUUGCAAUAAUGAAACUGAGAAUUGAUUAGACCUGGGCGUUGUAAUUUAAACUUUAAGGGCGUGUUAAUUGGCUAACUUUUACAAAAGCGAUCGUCGGCGAGAGCCCGCCCGUGGGUGAAGGUAGCUAAUCAUGUGAAGUGUGGGUGUGUGUGUGUGUGUGUGCGAGAUGUGUACGUGUGUGUGGCGAGCGCUCGCGGCGCGCGGUCGGGCCGUAAAGUUGUUACUUGUUAAUUAAAAUAAACGUAAGUACACUA